UUCUUUUAACCAACCAAACCCCUGCUUAAUUAAUUCUAUCCCAUUUUUCCACUGUCUUAGGAAACUUGAACAUUUUUUUAUUUUUUAUUUUUUUGCCCUUCAGAUCACUUAAAGAUGGCAUCAAUGUCGACUUCUCUGCAGACCAUUUUAUCAGCAAAUUCAGUGAAGCAAUCAGCACUAGUCGUAAAGCCGUCAAGCUCAACUCUUCUAAUUACGUGGAACAAGAGAGAGAAGAAUGAGAAGAAGAGGCCUCUGACCGUUGUUGCUGCCGUCGGAGACGUGUCGGCCGACGGCACAAAUUACCUGAUCGCCGGAGCAGCCGCGGUGGCUCUCCUUGGAACCGCCUUCCCUAUCCUCUUCACCCGGAAGGACACAUGUCCGGAUUGUGAUGGAGCAGGAUUUAUUCGGAAGGCAGGAGUGACCUUGAGAGCAAAUGCUGCAAGGAAAGAUCAAGCUCAAAUUGUUUGUCCCAAUUGCAAUGGCCUUGGCAAGCUCAAUCAAAUCGAUAAGUAAAUAAAUAAAAUCAACAACACCCCUUUUUCCCUUUCACCGCUCUCUCUCUUUCUAAUGCAAUUUCAGUUACAUUCCUCUUUGUCAUAAGAAAGUGUUGUAUUAUAUAGGACUGGUUAGUUCAUUAAUUCGAGUUUUUAAUUCGAGUUGAGAUAUAACUUUAUGUGAGUUUUUUACUGUA